CUUUUUUACUCUCAUCUCUUUGCAAAUAUACAAGACUCUAUCCCAGCUCAGCAUCAGGGAUUGUUACAGAGGGAAGAAAUGUGAUUGCCUUUCAGUCUAGCCAGAGUUCAAAGUGAAGUAUAAUGUGAUCAGCUUCCACUGUUACAAUAGCAGUAUGAAGGAUGUGAUGCAACUCACUGCUUGCUAAAGGGGCUUUCUAUACAGUUGACAAGGAGUAGUGGAUGCCACAAAAGGAACCAAGCCAUAAUUCCACAGUUUUCCUUGCCAAACAUACUGAAAUAUUCAAGAUGGGUAGCAACAGUACCAGCAGUGCUGAGAGCAAUUGCAAUGCCACUUAUUUGCCAUUUCAGUACUCUCUGUAUGCAACCACCUAUAUCUUCAUAUUCAUCCCGGGUCUCCUGGCUAACAGUGCAGCCCUGUGGGUUCUGUGCCGCUUCAUCAGCAAGAAGAACAAGGCCAUCAUCUUCAUGAUCAACCUCUCAGUGGCAGACCUUGCUCAUAUCCUGUCCUUACCUCUUCGGAUUUACUAUUAUAUCAAUCGUCACUGGCCAUUCCAGAGGGCCCUUUGCCUGCUGUGUUUCUAUCUGAAAUAUCUCAACAUGUAUGCCAGCAUUUUUUUCUUGACAUGCAUUAGCCUUCAGAGGUGCCUCUUUCUCCUCAAGCCAUUCAGAGCCAGAAACUGGAAGCGUAGGUACGAUGUGGGCAUCAGUGCUGUCAUCUGGAUUGUUGUAGGGACUGCCUGUUUGCCAUUUCCCAUCCUGAGAAAUGCUGGCUUAGCCAAUAACACAGAUUCUUGCUUUGCUGAUCUUGGGUACAAACAGAUGGAUGCAGUGGUUCUGGUCACCAUGGUUGUAAUUGCUGAACUUGCUGGAUUUGUGAUUCCAGUGAUCACCAUUGCAUGUUGUACCUGGAAAACAACUGUAUCCUUGAAACACCCACCAAUUGCUUUUCAAGGAAUUAGUGAGAGGAAAAAAGCAUUGCGGAUGGUUUUCAUGUGUGCUGCAGUCUUCGUUAUCUGCUUCACUCCUUAUCACAUAAACUUCAUUUUUUACACCAUGGUAAAGGAAAGCAUCAUUACCAGUUGUCCCACUGUAAAAAGUACCCUGUAUUUCCAUCCUUUUUCCCUAUGCCUUGCAAGUCUCUGUUGUCUUUUGGACCCAAUUCUGUACUAUUUCAUGGCUUCAGAGUUUCGUGACCAACUAUCUCGUCAUGGAAGCUCUGUUACUCGUUCGCGUCUCAUGAGCAGGGAGAGUGGUUCAUCAAUGGUUAACUAA